AUGCCGACGGCGGCCGGCGCCGACGGCAGCGCCGAAGGCGGGGGUUCGGACGCGAGCCUGGCGCACCUCGCGGGGGUCGCGCAGCCGCUGCUGCUGGACGUGGCCAGGUUCCUCUGCGACACGCCCGCGGACUUGACCAGCAUGUGCUGUGCGUCCACGCAGCUCGCAAAGCUGCUGCAGUCUGGGCCCAUCUCGAGGGCCGUCUGGCGCGAGCUGUACGGCAAUAG